AUGACACGAAGUCAAAAUAAACCACCGCCGAAGACGGCUGGCCAAUCAAGAUCGAGUUUGAAAGGUCGCAUCCCAGCUGCGUUACGAGAUUACUUCCCUUGUGACGGCAUUUACAAAGUAUUAGCAUGCGAUUUUGGUACCGGAAACACAUGCAUAAACCAUGACAACAUCCAGGUCGAGUCGGGGGAGUUCACGAAUUUGGAAAGCAUCAAGCCAACCCAUUUUUAUCGCUAUUCCAAUAAUCCAAAUCAGCGACCGGAGCUCACAACAGAAGUCCCAACUAUAUGCGCUCAUAUCCCUGGCGAAACUGAUGAAUCCAAAGCUCAACAUGGAUACGAAGUCGACCCUGUAGGUGAUGAGACUGGUGCAGUGGUUGUUGAUAGGAUCAAGGAGGCAUUGUAUUCUGGACCAGAAACAGAAGACAAAAAAGAGGCUCUCAGAAAUUUUGCACUCAAGAUUCCUUAUCUUAGGACUCGAUAUAGUGAUACUGAGCUGGAAGCUAACCCAGAGAUCUGGAUGCUAGCUGAUUACAUCGCUUGGCUUGCGCAGCUGGUGACAUCAAACAUUGUUAAAGACAAUCUUAAAGGAGAUUUAAUUUGGGUUUUUACCAUUCCAUCUAAUUGGAAUAAGGAUAGCAUUACAUUGUAUACUUCUGCUCUCGAUGCUUCUCCGGUUCUUAUUGGCAGAUAUAUGCUGCAAUCAGAGAUAGAGAGUUCCAUCGCAGGACUGAUACACCAAUCCCCAGAGCAAUCAGGAAUGAUGGAUGGCGAUGUUUUCUUUACAUUUGACGUUGGUAAAGGGACAUCUGAUUUCAGCAUCUGUCGUCAGAUAUCUAGUGAUCCGACUCAAGUUGAAGAAAUCAUGCCACCCGCCGCAUUGUUUGCAGGGUCGAGGACUGUUCUACAGCUUUGGGAGUCGCACAUCUAUAACCAAUGUAAGAAAGAGUCAAAAGAUCUCGAUUACUUUGAAUCGGACCUAGCCAAUUUAAAAACGAGUUUUGUCAGAAGUAUGCAUGCGUACACAGGACAGUCUGGGAAGGAAGUUGAUAGGGCGUAUCGCAUCUGUGGACAAAGGAUCACAGUUACAAGAGAUCAAAUGAAAUCUUGGUUCGAUGAAUGGAGGCGUCUCACUACAACUUUCCUCACCGAACAUGCGACAAUCGUGGCUUAUGGCGCCAUAAUCCGGGCAGUCACAUCUGUUAUGUCGAUUAGAAAAAGCCAUUACUGGAUAGGCCUUGCAAGGAAGGAAUACUAUGAUAAGAAAAAGCACGCCAAUUUGCCUCAAGCAGAUAUUGUGAAUGACUGUAUUAUGAAUGAAAAUGGCAAGAUGAAAAAAGAAAAGCAAGUAAAGACCAUUCAGUGGUGGGCCCAACCACUGCCCUUUAUUAAAAUGUCGGAAUUCUUUAAUGAAGAGGGAUCUGUGGCAAACCAAGUCAUAGAUUACAAAGUGCCUAUAAUGGUAUUUGUUUGUUCAAGUGUGAACACAUCGCAAGUGAUGGAUAACGACAAAGACGACAUCGCGAAUAGUGGUGCUGGGAAAAGAGGUUGGUCAUAUCAGAGUACAAGGCCUAAAAUAGAGGAAACCGACUUCGAAAUCGACUUCAGUCCUAGCAUCCCCAAUCCCUUACUUAUCGCUAGCGAAUUGGUUCCAGUCAAUGGAUUCUACAAUGUUAAUUGGUCCAUUUUUGCCGAAACCACAGGCAUUGGGAUUGACUUUUGGUGUGCCGUUCGUUCGAAUGAUCAAGACUUGAACAAUGUCAAUGAUAUUCAAAUGAAUACGCGAAUGGUAUACCGAGUUUUAUAUACGGAUCUCGUCGGAGUGAUACAGCAAUCUUAUGUUGUUGAUGAUGAUGGGACCGUGGAGCAGAACGACGAAGACAACGAAGCUAUACCAAAAGGAAUGAAAGAGAAAGAGACUGAUAAUGAUAACGAUAAACGAAAAGUUGAGCAACUCAACUCCAAGAACGAAGCACCUUUUCCAGGUCUCAUCGCACCACGCCCAACCUCAAACUUCGUUGCCCUCCAUAAUACAAAGGCAGCAGCGAUAUCAAAUAGCAACAAACGACAGGGAUCUGAGCAGCUAGAAGAGCAACCCAAAAAGAAAAGGGCUAAAAACUCAACUCUAUCUUCUCAAUAUGCAAAUGCGAGUGAUGAACCUUUAAUACAACCGCAAGUUGAGAACAGAACGGUGAAGGAUACAUUAGCGCCUACCAUUUUGGACCCAGAAGUCCAGUCUCCAAGCUCAAAAUCUUUGGAAAAACAACUCGAGAAAUCGCAAUCAGAGACGGAUGAGGAUGUAGAAGAGGAAGGUAUUCUUAUCAAUCCCGAAACUCUAUUGAAAAAUAUUUCCGAUUCGAAUGAGACUACAGGAAAGCCAGAUAGGGAAGAUUUUGAAGAUGAGGACGAGUAUGAUGCUGCAAUGUCGGAAUAUAUCGAUCAACUUCAACGCGAGGAAUUAACCAGGCUACAAGCAGGCUGCGACUCUGAAGCAUGUAUGCAUUUCAACGAGCAAAUUUGGAUUCAAGUCUGCCAGUUUAUCCAUCAUAAGCCCACUCUAAAGAAACCAGUAUACUGUGUUAAGGUACCUGGCGGUUUUGGGCAUCAACUACUACCUUGUCAACUUCAUGGUGUAUGGUAUAGUCUUCGUCAAAUUCAUGGAAUUGCAGGGUCCAUUUUUCUAUGUCACAUUAUGGGUAUUGGAAAAACCACUAUAGCACUCGCGAUCCACUGGAUUCAACACAUCUUCAAUAUGAUGUGGGCUGAUAUAUGUGCUAAUUCGAAGGCCCAUGCUGUACAUGGCGAAUGCCCCGCCAAUAAGCAGAUGUAUAGAACAUAUGGCUUCGAUUGCCCUUGCUCUUCUGACAGUACAAACCACUGGUUGAAGGAGAGACUAGGUGUUACUGUUGCUCUCGUUCCCCUCGGUCUUUUGAAUGUUUGGAAGGCCGAGCAUAUACAAUGCUUCAAAGGCAUUCCUGAUCAAAUUUUGGUCAAAGCACAUGGUACUUCUAAUGCUAGUGGAGGUGAUCAAUUGAAUGAUAGUACGCAGGAUCUAUUAGAAGGUGAAGAGGUUAUUCAGGAAGAAGUCUACCAAAACGAUGAAGAUGAAUCUUUGCAGGAGUCCGAAAAGCCGAAAAAGCCGUCAAUUUAUAAACCACGCCUCCAAAAUGGGCAUGUAUUUGUCAUUACCACACCAGACUCAUUUGCCAGCCAGUUCUUGAAUAAAUUUCAGCAUACAAAGACAUGGUGGUACCAGCCACCAGGUAAAGAAGCUACCAAUAAAAAAGGGGAAAGCUAUAUUACCAAACCCCAGCGACAAAAGCGGGAAACACCAGCUUAUCAGUCAUGUAUUGUUUCUCUUCUGUUCAAAGAUGAAUUCCAGCUUCGAAGGACAGAAUCUAUUAGAGCUAUCCAGGAUGUUCAAAGGCGACAAUAUAUCAAGAACGAAGCGAAAUUGCUACAUGAUUGUAGACAUGAAGUUUAUCACCGAAUCGCAUUAGUAUUGUUAAGUGGUACGCCUUUGAUGACAGGACCAUUGGAUAUUUCCGGUUUUGUUCAAUUGAUGUGUUGCGAUCGCUGGAGGAAGGAUGCAGUUUUGCAAAAUUGGAUGCAUAACGAGUUGCAGGAUCUUGGUGAAAGAUGGAAGAAAUGGACUGAUAGCAGGUCUAUCAAUACUCAAAAUAUCUCUCAUGAAAUAACUCAGAGGUUUAGUCCAUUGGUAGAGAAUCUUAUGAUUCGAUGGACUACGAACAGCGAUCUUCUUGGUGAAAAACCUGUUAUUGUACCACGAAAUCUCUACUCCGAUAUCAAAUGCGAUAAUGGACCAUACUGGACUCCUAGGGUUGACUCUCUUGGUCAAGAAGAAUCUAAGAGAUUAGAGAAGAGAGAAAAGAUACGUCGAGCGAGAUAUCAAGUGAGAUAUGGCUAUCUCAAAGGAUAUAAGUCAUUAGACAAGACUAAUAUUAACAUCUACUAUCGUUCUCGGUUAUGCGCAUCCUUCCCAAAACUCAUGGAUCUUACCGAUGACGAAGGCAUACCGUUGAAACUGACAGAGGGUGAAUGGGUAACGAAAAGCACAGGCAAAGACCCAGAAUGGAAACAGGAGACAGAUACCGAUCCAUACUUCAAAAAUUUGAAGGAAAUUGUUGCAUCUUCGGGCAAGCUUCGUGAGAUUGAGAAAAAGAUCAACAAAUACAAAUACUUUAGGGAUGCUGAAAAGAAGUUGGCACGACAAAUCUUUUGUUCCUAUUUCUUUGCGGGUGCCUACAUUAUGUAUCUGUGGAUGAUACACAUCCUUAAAAUCGAACCUAUGGAUAUUAUUUUCUUAUACAAGCCUAUGGGUCAAGCGAAAAUCAACGCUGCAUUAGCAAAAUUUUAUAUUGAUGUCGAUUCCAAAAUACCAGCCGAGGAUCAGCGAACCGCCAGAUACAUUGUUUCGACUAGUUCAUCCUUUGCCGUAGGGCUGACUCUAGCAUCAGCGAUAUCGGUUGCCUUCUUAGAGCCUGACUACCAUGCAGAUACUGUGGCUCAAGGAUUUCAUCGGCAUUGUCGCCAGGGUAAUAAAAAUUUGGAUCAUGGUGUAGAGUCCUGGAUGUUUAUGGUUGAGGAUAAUAAGGUGGAGGCGAGGAUAUUCGAUGUCAACAAUCUACGCAAGCAAAUUAUCAGCGCAGCGGAACGUAAAGUCGAUGAUAUUGCGAAGAAAGAUAAGCAGAAAGACCUCAAAUCCUCUACUGCCAAAGAUGGUAACAAUUCUACUGCUUCGACUGCUGUUCAUACAUAG